GAGAAUCACUAUUCAGUAAUUUAAUUAUUUUAUUUAUUUAUUUAUCAGUGCAACAUUUUACUUGAAAAGAUUGAAAGGCAAAGAAGAGAGAAGAGAAGAAAACAAUGGCAGCCUCAGUCAUGGGUUCACUGAGCUUGAAACCAUCAGCUUUCAGAGUUGAAAAGAGUGGAGGGAGAGUGGGUGGUCUUCCAACUCUCUCUAGAAGAACUUUCAGAGUAGAGGCCAGUGGUGGCAAGAAGAUCAAAACUGAUAAGCCUUAUGGAAUUAAUGGUGGCAUGAACCUGAGGGACGGGGUUGAUGCCUCUGGAAGGAAGUCUAGGGGAAAGGGUGUAUACCAAUACGUUGACAAAUAUGGUGCGAACGUGGAUGGAUACAGCCCAAUCUACAACACAGAUGACUGGUCUCCAAGUGGUGAUGUUUAUGUUGGGGGAACAACAGGGUUGGCAAUAUGGGCAGUCACACUGGCAGGGCUUCUUGCAGGAGGAGCUCUUCUUGUUUACAAUACAAGUGCUUUGGCACAGUAGAUUUUAUCAAUUCUUGUUAUGUAUAAAAUUGAAUACCUUGUGCUACUCUAGCUAUGUCUAAUUUUCCUAUUUCCUUCUCACUCUCCAUCUCUUGUCAACCCUAAUUAUUAUUAUUAUUAUUUUGUUCUCCUAA